GCGCGGGGACCAUGCCCCUACAAGCUCCGAUGGCGGUGACGUCGUUCCAGACGCCGAUGCCGCAACCAUCACCUUUCCAGCCCCAGCUGGUCAGCACCAUGGCCCCUGUCAACUUGGCCGGUGCAUUUAACGCUGCAGAGCCGUCGCGUCCCCCGCAAGCUACGGAUCCGCAGAUCACUCCUGAUGGUCAUUACGUCUCAAUUGAGAGCAAUGACGGCGAGUGGGAAAUCCCGAGGGCCCACAAGAAGAAGAAAGGAAAAAACAUCCGGCCGGCGACCUCCCGAAACUCCGCCUUCGAAAGGCUUGGGGAUAGGGAGGAAGGCCAGAGGAAGUCAGCCAAGCAAAGGCUGGGGCAGAGCGUUGCCCAUGUCAGCGCAUUCGCCCGGCUAGGCGAGGUGCGGGAGGCCAAGCCUGCCCGCACCCGGCGCUCCCGGUCUAACCGGCAGGAGCCAGCGAGGACGAGGGCCUCCCACCAGGAAGGGGAGGCAGAAAGCCAGCCCAGGUUACCGGUGGCGAACCGGUUAACCAUCCCAAACGGCCGCGUCCAACAGAUGGAGGCAAAGCUGGAAAGACUAGAAAAGAAGGUCGGGGAGAAGAAUGACCGGGACAAACCCCUGGCAGGGUCCCCGUUCACCACAAGGGUCCAUCUGACACCUUUCCCGCGAAAGACCUUGCGGAACCGAGUCACUGAAUGGUUCAAUAAGCUUCGCCCGGGAAGCAUUGACUCGUUCAGUGAUUUGGCCUCAAAGUUCAAGGCCAAGUUCCAGGAGAAUUGUACUAAGAGGAAGAAGUUCACCUAUCUUAUUACAGCCGGGCAGAGGGAGUCUGAGAACCUCACUCAGUUCCUUACCCGGUGGAAGGAAGAGGUAGACAAGGUGGAAGAGAUGGAUGACAAGACCGUCCUCUCCCUCCUCUUGAAUGGCUUGCGUGCUGGGGAACUAUACAAGGAGUUCUGCCGGAAACCCCCAGCCACAUACCAAGAGGCCUACCAUACUGCAUGGGAG